AUGCAAAAUGUUGAUGUUACUAAGGCGAGUGGAUGUGAUGGUUUUGGAAACAGAAUAAUUAAACUGUGCGCAGAAGGCUUGUGUCCAUCUUUUACUACACUAAUAAAUCGGACAUUUGUGUUAGGAAAAUACCCUUCCCAAUGGAAAUUGGCCAAUGUUAUUCCAUUAUAUAAAAAAGAAAAUCGACACUUUAAAACCAAUUACCGUCCAGUUUCACUUUUACCUUGUUUAUCAAAAUUAUGUGAAAAAGUUGCCUUUAAAAGACUAUAUGACUACUUGAUAGAAAUCGGCUUUCUUUAUCGUUAUCAAUCCGGAUUCAGACCUGGAGAUUCGACAGUAAAUCAAUUGUUGUAUAUAGUUCAUCAGAUUUAUCUCGCCUUUGAGCAAGGAAAAGAAGUAAGAGUUGUGUAUUUAGAUAUAAGUAAGGCGUUUGACCGUGUGUGGCAUCGCGGAUUGUUAAAAAAACUGGAAUCGCUUGGUAUUUGUGGUUCUUUGCUGCAUUGGUUUGAAAGCUAUUUGCAGGAUAGAAUGCAACGUGUCGUUCUCGAGGGUCAAUCAUCGGAAUGGAAAAAAUUAUAUUCGGGUGUACCUCAAG